AGAAAUCGGAAACGACCCUCUGAUCGAGCUGUUGGGAGAGAUUUCAUCAUAGAUCGACGGCAACUGCCUCAACUGGUCAUUUCGAAGAGCAGGAACGGAAGUAGAGACGAUAAUCAAGAAGAACGCAGUAAAAGAAAAUUGUCCUGCUUCUACCGCCUAAGAGCACCUGCAUACGGAGCGUGCCCCGUGGUGAUUCGUUUCCAACGGAUGCUGCGCCAAGAGUCCCAGUCUGGCGUAAGGUAGUCGAGAGCACGCGUCUGAGUGUAGAUACGGCGUCGUCACUCAAGACGAAGAAGCAGUGUCUAAUCUUCGACCUGAUAUGGAGUGCCAAAUUUGCUUGGAAAACUUCAAUGUCGCCGACCACCGGCCCAAAACGUUGCCCUGCGGGCAUUCAUUUUGCUUACAAUGCCUCAAACGGCUCCCGACCAAAACGUGCCCCAAUGACUCUCUGCCCUUCUUUGGCUCGGCCGACGCACUCGCUGACAAUUUCACCGUGAUCAAGCUCUGUAGCCAGAGGCCUAUGCAGAUGCACUGCAAAAAGUGCAAUAGAGUUGCCACAACAACGUGCGAAGACGAGCAACAUGAGGUGCUCAGCCUGCGGAGAGCUCGCGCGCAGGAUGCGGGGCCCGUGCUGGCGGCGCUGCGGCGGGCCGAGGAGAGGCUGGACAAGCUGGGGAAGGCCCUCGUCGAGUGCCUUGACGAAGAGCGGGCCGGCCUGGCCGCAGCCAGGGCUCGUCUGCAGGAGGCCAUGGGGGCGAGUCCGGACGCUUGGGAGCAGGCCAAGCAGGCGGCCCUUUCCCGCAGCGCGGUGGAGCUCGCGGACCCCGCGCAGGCCCGCCUGCUCCUGGGCCGCCUCGUGAGUGGCGGUGCGCUGGGGGUGCACUCCGCGCCAGUUAGGAGGCCAGUCGGACGGCCGCCCAAGGAGUCGGUCGGGAGUUCACCCAAGAAGCCGAGAGGACGUCCACGCAAGAAGCCAGUCGGGAGUUCACCCAAGAGGCCAGUUGGGAGUUUCCCCGAGAAGCCAGUCGGGAGUUCGGCCAAGAAGCCGAGAGGACGUCCACGCAAGAAGCCAGUCGGGAGUUCACCCAAGAGGCCAGUUGGGAGUUUCCCCGAGAAGCCAGUCGGGAGUUCGGCCAAGAAGCCCAGAGGACGUCCACGCAAGAAGCCAGUCGGGAGUUCACCCAAGAGGCCAGUUGGGAGUUUCCCCGAGAAGCCAGUCGGGAGUUCUUCUAAGAGGCCCAGAGGACGUCCACCCAAGAGGCCAGUCGGAAGUUCGCCCGGGAAGCAAGUCGGAGGUUCACCCAGGAUGCCGGUCGGGAGUUCGCCUGAGACGCCUCUCGAAACGCCGCGUUACAGACGCUUCACUCUCGCCGCUCAGAUACGUAGGCAAGCCCUUUCCCGCAGCUCGGUGGAGCUCGCGGACCCCGCGCAGGCCCGCCUGGUGCUGAGCCGCCUUCCGAGUGGCGGGGCGCUGCAAGUGCCUGAAGAACGCCACGGAGCGAAGCGACGCCAUUCGAUGAUCGAGGGGCUGGGCCAGCGAGCGCCGGCUCCGUGUUCGCAAGAGCGCUCAAGCGGCGCCGCUAGGUCCCUGCCAGUCGGCACGAGGGUCGUCCGGGGGCCCCACUGGGGCAAGACGUGGACCUACGACGGGACCCCGCCGAGGCCCGGCACUGUACGUGUCUGGUACGAGGAAAACCUCCGGGCCGAGGUGAAGUGGGACUCGGGAGUCACCCAGUGGGUCAGCUACGGGCAGAACUACAAAUAUCAUGUGGUCCCACUCACCGACUUGGGAAGUGCACCUCAGCAGUAGCAACGCAUGGUCACUACUUGAGUUAAGGGUUGAAGGCGCAUGAGCCAACGCUUCUUUGGUCGCCUUUGACAAUACGUAAAUCGUACUGCCCAUCAGUAGGCUUUAGUUUGUAUUACUGAAUACUGAUUAAUCACCGUGAGUCAACAUGUCUUUUCUUUCAGUUUGUAAUACUGAAAAUUGAUUUAUCUCCGUGGGUCAACAUGUCUUGUCUUUGGGUUGGUUUUUUUUUU